CGGCCCCACCACAUAGGCGACGAGGUGGGUGGGCCCCUCUUCCGCCCGCCCUCAUCCCCUUCCACUUCGCCUCCUCUUCUCUCUCUCCCCCGUCUCCUGUCUCCACCUGUUCCAUCGCAUUCUCCUCCCACCACCACCACACCACGCCUCGCUUAUCCCCCCCCGAGACCCGACCCCUGCUCGACGACGUGCUGGCAAAACCUCCUCCUAGUCCUCUCGCAGAAGGAGGCUGUGUUCUUUCCUUCAUCGGUGCGGCAACAGCGAAAGCUUCUCGGUCGAUCUCUCCCACCGCUGCUCCGCCGUUUGGGUGGUUCCGCGCCUUGGCCGCGCGGGUUGGAUCCGAGCUCCGUGCAGCAGCUCCGCCGCGAUACGUAUCGCAUAGGAUUCCACUGGAUUCAGCUGCUGAGCAGGGUACUGGAAGGUGGAUUUGAUACUAGCUCUGAACAGCCAGUAGAAUUUCUCAAAUACUGUCCAGGAUCAUGGCUUCUCUCUGUGAUUUCUGUGGGAAACAAAGGUCAAUGAUCUACUGCAGAUCAGAUGCGGCAUCAUUGUGCUUAUCAUGCGACCGUAAUGUUCAUUCAGCUAAUGCACUGUCUCGACGUCAUACAAGGACCCUUCUUUGUGAUCGUUGUGGUUCACAGCCUGCAUCAGUCCGAUGUCUUGAGGACAACGCAUCACUUUGCCAAAACUGUGACUGGAAUGGGCAUGAUGCAGAAUCAGGGGCUUCUGGACAUAAAAGGCAAGCCAUAAACUGCUACUCAGGGUGCCCAUCAUCUGCAGAGCUUUCGAGAAUCUGGUCAUUUAUUACUGAUAUCCCGACUGUAGCAGCUGAGCCCGACUAUGAGGAUGGACUAAGCAUGAUGACAAUUGAUGGCAGUGAUGUUACUAAUCGUCACGAUACUUCAGAUGAUAAAAGAUUGUUGGAAAUAGCUAACACAACACUCAUGAGCGAUCCACCUUCAGCCGACAAGCUUAAAUCUCCGACAGGCUCUUCUUCUGGAGAUGGGUUUGAUGUUAUGACUCUAGCCACAGAUCAGCCUGCUGGACCAGUUUCAGCAACGCCUAAGGUACCUAAUGCCAGAGAUGAUGAUAAGUUCAAUGAUGGCAUGUACGAAGACUUGUGUGUAGAUGAUGCUGACCUUACAUUCGAGGAUUAUGAAGAGCUAUUUGGUACCUCUCACAUUCGAACAGAGGAACUCUUUGAUGACGCUGGAAUUGACGGUUACUUCGAAUUGAAAGAGACACCACCUUUUUAUUUCAACGAGCCCAAAGCUAUGCAGAUAGAAUGUGGCAACGUGGUAUCAGCUGAUUGUGCGAUGUCAAACCCAGGGGCAAGGGCUGAUUCCAGCCUUUGUAUUCCCGUCAGGCAGGUCAGAUCUAGUAUAUCCCACUCCUUAUCUGGUCUGACUGGUGAGAGCAGCGCUGGAGAUCACCACGACUGUGGGGUGUCACCGAUGCUCCUCAUGGGUGAGCCACCCUGGCAUUCUCCUGGUGGUCCAGAAGGCUCAGUCGCUGGAGGCAGCAGAGAUAGCGCUCUCACACGGUACAAGGAGAAGAAGAAGAGGAGAAAGUUUGACAAGAAGAUCAGAUAUGCUUCUCGCAAGGCUAGGGCGGACGUGAGGAAGCGGGUCAAGGGACGGUUCAUAAAGGCCGGUGAAGCGUACGACUAUGAUCCGCUAAGCCAGACUAGAAGCUACUGAGCCUUGGGAGUGUGACUGUUGUUGUCGUCCAGUGUCAGCCUCGCAAUCUCCAGCCGCUCGUCGGUUGCAGGCUGCGCUACAGGCAAGAUCACUGGAGAGCACAACGAUCGCAUUGCAUCAGAGCCUGCAACUGAAAAACGUUAAGAAGAGAUACCAAGUGUUAGGAUGAAUGAAAAAAAAAUACAAAAAAGAAAGAUGCAGACUUGCCGGACUCAUAUCCAUUAUUCAGUUUCUCUGCGGAUGAGUGGCUUGGAUCGCACUGUGCCAUCUGCGCGUCGAACAGAUGCAGUGAUGGAUGGGCGCUCGUCGUCCUCCAGCUGUACCGCUGUGCGCUAGGACCUGCGUCGGCUAUAUACGGCUGUUCGGCAGUGAGCUGCCAGGUUGUACAGUCUGGGUAACAGCCUAACAGGGUAUGCUUAUACCUCUCGGUUUUCGUUCUGUAAUACGUACGUAUUAUUUGCGCUUGCCAGGAGACUGUUCUUCGGCCGUGUGUAUGUUUGUAGAUGGUUGCAACAUUGGUAAAAAAAAAAGUAGCCGUCGUGAAUGUAAAUUUGUAUUCUUGUUAGGUCGCAUAUAGCGUUGGCGAUGAGCAGGAGAAUCACACGUAUCUGGACACUGAACGUCUGAACCCUUGUAACUAUUUUUGCGCCAGAAUAACCUUCUUGUGCCUUGUCGUUUA